GUCGCCCGCUUCGUGGGAGGGGGUGGGGGGUUUCACUUCCGGGACGGUGUUCCGGCCCAUUCCGGCCCAUUUCCACCCCCGGAGCUCUCACCCCUCCAGUGCCGACGGUAGCGAAAGACUUUACUCCAGGGGCUUCCUCACUGGGGAAUUGCCGGAAAGAGCAAACAAAAAAGGCGCUGGUCUAGGCUCCAAAAUAAACACAUCUGAAUUCAUGAUGGCGUCGACAGAGGCUCUUAUUGGAUUAAAAGUUUCAAAACAAACAAUAACGCUUUGGAAAAAGGGUUGAAUGCACCCUCAGGCACGACCAUGGAGAAAGGUGGGAACAUACAAUUGGAGAUUCCUGACUUCAGCAACUCUGUCCUGAGCCAUCUAAACCAGUUGCGCAUGCAGGGCCGUCUCUGUGAUAUUGUGGUCAAUGUGCAAGGACAAGCUUUUCGGGCUCACAAAGUGGUACUGGCUGCCAGCUCCCCCUAUUUCCGGGAUCACAUGUCUUUGAAUGAGAUGAGUACUGUCUCCAUUUCAGUCAUCAAGAACCCUACUGUUUUUGAACAGCUCCUUUCUUUCUGUUACACAGGGCGGAUAUGCCUGCAACUGGCAGAUAUCAUCAGCUACCUAACAGCUGCCAGUUUUCUGCAAAUGCAGCAUAUUAUAGACAAAUGUACACAGAUCCUGGAGGGCAUUCAUUUCAAAAUUAAUGUGGCUGAGGUCGAAGCAGAAUUAAGUCAAACAAGGACAAAACAUCAAGAGAGACCUCCAGAGUCUCACAGGGUUACCCCAAAUCUCAGCCGCUCCCUUAGCCCACGACAUAAUACCCCAAAGGGAAACCGGCGAGGUCAGGUUAGUGCUGUGAUGGAUAUCAGAGAGCUAAGUCCUCCUGAGGAGUCCACCAGCCCUCAGAUCAUUGAACCAAGUUCUGAUGUAGAGAGCCGGGAGCCCAUUCUUCGGAUCAACCGAGCAGGACAGUGGUAUGUGGAGACAGGAGUAGCGGAUCGUGGGGGUCGGAGUGAUGAUGAAGUUAGAGUUCUUGGAGCAGUACACAUCAAAACUGAAAAUCUGGAGGAGUGGCUUGGGCCUGAGAAUCAGCCUUCUGGAGAAGAUGGGAGUAGUGCAGAGGAGGUCACGGCCAUGGUGAUUGAUACCACAGGCCAUGGUUCUGUAGGACAGGAAAAUUACGCUUUAGGGUCUUCAGGAGCCAAGGUGGCUCGGCCAACAAGCAGUGAAGUUGACAGAUUUAGCCCUUCCGGCAGUGUUGUUCCCUUGACAGAGAGACACAGAGCCAGAAGUGAGUCUCCUGGGAGAAUGGAUGAGCCUAAGCAACCCAGCUCCCAGGUAGAAGAGUCAGCAAUGAUGGGAGUAAGUGGCUAUGUGGAAUAUCUCCGAGAGCAGGAAGUAUCUGAGCGGUGGUUCCGGUACAACCCUCGUCUCACCUGCAUCUACUGCGCCAAAUCUUUCAACCAGAAGGGAAGCCUGGACCGCCACAUGCGCCUACACAUGGGGAUCACACCAUUCGUCUGCCGCAUGUGUGGCAAGAAGUAUACCCGGAAAGAUCAGCUGGAGUAUCAUAUCCGAAAGCACACAGGCAAUAAGCCCUUUCACUGUCAUGUUUGUGGCAAAAGUUUCCCCUUCCAGGCCAUCUUGAAUCAGCACUUUCGCAAAAACCACCCUGGCUGUAUACCCCUGGAGGGGCCUCACAGCAUCUCCCCUGAAACAACUGUCACAUCUCGAGGACAAGCUGAGGAAGAGUCACCUUCACAGGAAGAGACAGUUGCUCCUGGGGAAGCUGCCCAGGGCUCUGUGUCCACCACUGGGCCAGAUUGAAACAUGGAGGGGGAGGGGGCUGAUCCUCUUCCCCUUUGAGCCGUAAGCAGCCAGCAUCAGGGCCGUGGGCUGUUACUUUAGAUUUACAAAAUACCAUGUCACUAGGCCAGAAGGCACUCCCAAGAUGUUGCCAAACUGGAGGAUUAGCAACAUACACAAAAGCACUAAAGGCUCUUCCCUUCUUAUUUCCCGCUCAUACUUUGGAAAAUAAUCAAGCAAAUCAACUUUCUAAUUCAGGGAUCAACAGCCUUGGUUUGUUAACUUUAUAAGAGAAAAAGCUUUUUUAACAAAACGAUGAUAAAUGGUCAUUUAUCUACCAGUCAUGUUUGAACACUGUAUUUUGGUCCAUAUCAUCUUUGUGGCUAUCAUUGCCCAUAUCUAAAAAAUGCAGCAGGAGCCUCGACCAUCGGAAGCAGCCAUCCAGAAGAGAAGGAGGUAGUCAUGAUGGUGAUGAAGACUGCCAUAACAUGCAUUUUUGUGUUUCAAGAAAAAAACGAAUGCUGGUGGUUCUUAUUUUGAAAGGUUAGACUUUAUCUUUGCCCUGACUAGGCAUCUAAUACUUUGCCUAGUUAUUUCAUAUAUUCAGCCAUCUUGAAAGCAGUAUUCUAGUGGACAGCAUCACCUGAAGCACUUGGCAACUGGAAGUGAAAUGAGCAGCAAAGCAUAUGCAAUAGGUACUGCUACAUUUGGGGACUUUAUUGUUGUGUUGAGAAAGAGAAGAGCAGGGAGGGAAGUGUUUUUAUGUUUUGCAAAUAUCAAACAGCACAGAGCCGUACUGCUAAUUCCUGACUGGUAUUUGUAAACCAUAGUGCUACACAUCCUUGAGUAAUGGCUCUAGUUCAGGUGAAGUAAUGUGUUAGGCUGACUACCAAAGUUUCAUCCAGUCUCUUUGGCUCCUAUUUUCACAUUCAGCAAUAUUGUACAUCAAAAAUGUCACUUUCCAGUGAAAUGAGCCUGGAUUGUAUUUUUAAAUCUACAGGUCUCCAUUAUUUGAUAUCUUUUAUAUGAAGUUUUAAACAUGUUUUUUCUGCAGUAUUGUGGUUGAAGAAAUUCAACACUAUGGUUCUUAUUACAACCACAAUUUCAUUUCCUUAUACAUAUGUAAUAGUUUAUAUUUUCAGGCAUAUAGAAGAACCUCACUUAAACCUAUGUCUCGGGUCUGCAAACCUAGUAAUUCAUAAACCAACCAUCAGCAAAUAGCUGGUGACUCUAAGAGCUUUGCUUUUUAAUAAUAUACUACAGGGCACUUAUCAGAAAACAUCAUGCAGAAUCAUGUUGCAAUAAAUGAUCAAUGGAUCAGUUUUGAUCAGGUUUAGUUACUUAGUCAUUCCUAAGAUUUUUAAAACUUCAAGGGACCUUUUUAGUAAUUCUGGGUAUUUCUAAGAUUCUUAAUCCAGCACUGAAAGAACUUACCGAACAUGUAGAACUUUACAUACCUUGUCUUGCAUGCAGUAAGAGAAGGAGGAAUAUUAAGGGAUGCAGGCAAAUAGAUGCUUACAACUUACAGUGCAAGUUGAAAAACCUCUAGCUUCUCUUGACGGAGCACUAACUGUUGGGAUUCUUUUAAGUAUUUAAGUAUGUAAUGGUUUAAGAAAUUGUUUCAAUGCAGAGGCAUAGAUGAUUGUAAAAGAGCUUUGGGAGAGGGGCAGGUCGUACCUGCACUAGUGAACCAUUUGUGAGAAUGUUA